AUGCUGAUUGCUGUCAUGGAACAAAUGCAGUGGCGUAAUAUGAUUGGUUCUGAACAAAAUUCUUCCGCAUCACCUCAAACUGUGGGUUAUUUGAGUCGAUUAGUAACAAGUUCCUGUCCAACAUUAUCAACUUCUUCAAAAAAAGACGUUCUCAGUUCUAAACAAGCUCUCGAAAAAAGUCAUGUUGCUUCGGCUGUAUUUUAUGCUUCUUCGAACGAUAUUAUGACUAGCCAAAGUGAAGCAUUGCCACACAAAACUAAUGGGCCAGAUGAUGAUAAUGAUUAUGAAAAUUCUGCGGAAGUAAUUGCAUCUAAUCUUCUUAAACAGUUUUCAAAAUCUUAUAAACCACGGUCAGCUGCUGAUGCACAGUUGCUUGUAUCUUAUGCAGAGGCACCUCAAAAACUGCUUCCAGUGCCAAAUGACAUCAUAGUUUUUGCGGAUGAGCUGGGAGAUGAUGGCCGACCCAUUUUUCUUCGUGGUUCAACUAAUUGGGCACCCCCUAGAAAGCAGUGGAUUUUUAAACUUCAUCCACAAUUGAAAAGUGUAAUCGUGUUCAGUGUGAGCAGCCUUUUUGAACAACAGCAAUAUCAUUGUGGUGGAUGUGGCAUAAAAGUUGCUAAGAUGUUCAGUCGCCGUAUGCGAUAUUGUGACUAUUACGGCAGAGUAUUUUGUCAGCGAUGUCAUCAGGGAGCUAGAAGUCGUAUUCCAGCUCGCAUUAUUUUCCAGUGGAAUUUCAAGGAAUAUCCCGUUUGUGAUAUUGCCUAUCGUUUCUUGCUGGAUAACCGUCAGCAGCCAGUAAUCAAUGCAUCAGCUAUUGAUUCUCGUUUUUAUAACAAAGUUUGUCGCAUGAAAAAGAUUAGAGAAUUACGGAUAAAGCUUGUGCAUAUUUGGUCCUACAUAAGACUUUGUAAUAUUGCGGAAGAAACAAUUACAGAGCACGGAAAUUUGUAUGCUAUAUUCUCGACAGUGCCAAAAUAUAUGCUAUCAGAUGCAGAUGUGUAUUCAAUAGAAGAUUUAGAAAAUGUUCGAAAAGGCGAACUUUUUCGAGUUAUUUCUCCAGUUGUUCGCUUUGGACAGUACCACAUUGAGGGGUGCGAGCAUUGUCGUGCUCAAGCGUUUGUCUGUGAGCUAUGCGAUCAAAAAGAAGAUCUGCUAUUUCCAUUUCAAGUCGAAUAUGUGGAUCGAUGUGAAGACUGUGGCUCUUUAAGUCAUCAAAAAUGUGGUAGCAAUAGACGAAAAAAUGGGAUUCCGUGUCCAAAAUGUGUGCGAAUACAGCAAAAUUUGUGA